CAGCCAUUGCAGCUCCUUUGUUUUCAUCAAAUUCGUUAUCUCCUCGCCAAAAUUUGGAGGAGAGAAAGAGAAAGAGAACAGAAGAAAUAGGGAAUCAAUCGAUGGCGGAAUUGUUCAUCAAGCAAGCAGCGGAGUACGCGAAGACGAGGCCCAGCUACCCAAAACAACUCUUCGACUUCAUAGCCUCCAAGACUCCUUCCCACGACCUUGUUUGGGACGCCGGCACCGGCAGCGGCCAGGCCGCCGUAUCCCUCGCCGGAAUCUACAAGACCGUCAUCGCCACCGACACGAGCUCCACCCAGCUGGACCACGCCCCGAGGCUCCCAAACGUCCACUACGGCCGCACUCCGCCGGUCAUCCCAACCGCCGACCUCCCGCACCUCAUCGCCGGCGAGUCCACCGUCGACCUCGUCACCGUCGGGCAGGCCCUCCACUGGUUCGACCUCCCGUCGUUCUACAAGCAGGCCCAAUGGGUACUCAAAAAGCCCAACGGCGUGAUCGCCGCGUGGUGCUACUGCACACCCGAGAUCGACCCGGCGGUCGACCCGGUCUUCGACUCGUUCUACAGGUUCGACUCGGCGCCGUACUGGGACCCACAGCGGAAGCUGGUCGACGACCGGUACCGCGGCGUUGACUUCCCGUUCGAGGCGGUGGCCGGAGCGGACAAUACGGGGCCGUUUAAGUUUGUGACGGAGCAGGGGAUGGAUUUGGACGGCUUUUUCACCUACUUGAGGUCUUGGUCGGCGUAUCAGACGGCGAAGGAGAGAGGGGUGGAGCUCUUGGGAGAUGCCGUGAUGGAGAAGUUCCGGCGAGCUUGGAAUGACGAUGGUGGAGAGAAUCAGGUGAAAGUUGUCAAGUUUCCUGUUUAUCUCAGGAUUGGCAAGGUUGGCAUAGCACCACCGGUGAACUUGUGAAAGAAUCGUCGGGACAAACUUUAUGAAGAACAUGUAGGCAAAAUCGUAUCAGUGGUUCAAUCAGAAAAAUUUAUUAAAAGAGUUAUAACGUUUUAGCCAUGAUUGAGUUAUGGUCCUUGUGAUGUUGU